UUUAAAAAACUCGCCAGGUAAAACAGUUCUGUCAUUGGGGUCUUCAUCUCCAACUACGACAACAUAUAUCGCCCAACCUUCCAUAACUUCUUUCUUAUUAAGACAAAAUAAAACACUGUUGUCAACGCUAUCAGCAACGACGGUCCCUAACGUAUCAGUGCCAGCUUUAAACUCCUCUAGAUCCAUCAUGCCGGAGCAAAAAAAGUAUGAAUAUUAUAACAUCACUCAGGAGAUCAAGCCCAAGAAAGUACACACUGUCAAACUAUUCAAUUGCCGUGGCAAGAUGAAAUGUUAUUUUAACGUUACAAGGAAAAAAUUUACUAAUCCGUACCCAGAGAAAAUUACCGAGUUACGACUUUCUGUCAAACACAGCUGCCAAACUGCUGAAAAUGGCUACCUUCAGUGGGAAAGCUGGAGCGCGUGCCCAGACGUGUGUGGUAUAACUUACCAUCAAGUCAGGAGGAGGAUUUGCCAAAAUCCUACCACUACUACAGGAGGAGGUGAUUGCUCCGGUCACAGAUCAGAAACUCUGGAGUCAGGAUGUUACAAAGAGUGUCUUGACCGCAAUUCUACAACCUGCCAUUUUUUGACAGCCAACUUAUCCUGUCCAAAUGGUACAUUCAUCAACAUUAUCAGCAUGUUCUACGGCCGUGAACAGGAGAACGUUAGCUUUUGCGACAGCAGCGGUCUUCCAGAUGGCGCAUGUGUACCACCAGAUGACAUAGCAGGCCAUAAUAGAGCACAGGUUUAUGAAAGAUGCCAGAUGAAAUCUAACUGUACCAUAGCAGUUUCUAAUGACACGUUUCGCGACCCAUGUCCCGGAUUUAGCAAGCGCUUGAAAAUCAACUACACGUGCAGUCCUAUAUUUACGAGAACAUUUUGCGACGCAGACAAAGCUUUAUUAAGCUGUCCCGCUGGAAUGCGAGUUGUUUUCCACAACACGCUCUUUUACGGUCAAAUGAACACGUCAGAAUCUUGUCCAGUUACAGCCUCGGGAUCGUGCAGCUCUGGUCUGAAUUAUGAUGUCAUGAAUGAAUAUUGUUGGGGUGUAAACAAAUGCGAUAUCCCGAAGAUAUCGGCUACUGAAUUCAAUUUGAGACAGUGCAAAGACACCAGUAAUUAUCUCACGAUUCAUCACAGCUGCCAGAGAGUGGAAGCCAUCUACACUCCUUGGGGUCCCUGGGGUCCAUGCGAGGCCUGUGGCCUCACUACUCGUCGAAAAAGAGAACGUCAAUGUGUUCGUCCUGGUAUAGAGUAUUUUGCACCUCCGCGGGGCUGCAACUACUGGUCCAAUUUGGUAGAGCAGGAUCACUGUUACCAUGGUUGUGGAGAUAAAACUGUGAGCCUUGAUCAUGGAGAGAAUACCACAAUUGUGUGUCCCAAGGACGACAUUAACCACACUGUGAUUGAGAUCCGAUCAGUCUUCUAUGGGAAUGAAAGUUGCCCAUCAAACAACGGUAGCAAGAUUGCUGUCAUGAAAAGAUGUCAAGGACGAAACCAGUGUUACCUCGAAGCCUCAACAGCCAUAUUUAACGAUUCUUGUCCCGGGAUCAAAAAAUUUUUGAAUGUAACGUACAGGUGCCAGUCAAUUUAUAGAAUGGAGCAAUCUGAGCGUUAUACAAUGGUACCAACUAAUCUUAGUUGCUAUGACAACAUGGUUAUCGUAACGCAUGCAGUCUCGUGGAAAGACGACUCUGGAAACUGCAAUUAUGGUCAAAGGGCAAUGACAAUCAUUCAGAACCUUUGCGAUGGCAGAAAUUCAUGCGUUGUGUUGAAUAAAAAGUCUCUACUGGGUGGCUCCUGUGGGAGUUAUCUAAAAUUUGUAAUGUAUUACAGCUGCCAGACAGCAUAUGGAGGUUUGGACACAGAAUGGUCUGCUUGGAGUAAUUGCACAGAAUGUGGUCACACACCUGUAAAGAGAAGAAUAAAGCCUUGCCUCAGUCCUAUUAAUAAGAAUAGUGGAGCCCACUGUCCUUUGAUUGAGCAGAUUGCACCUUGUAACUUCCCAUGCCCGGUUGAUGGAUUGUCGUUUAUAGGCGACGAUUUUUCAGUGGUUUUAGGUCAGAAUUUUUCCAUCCAAUGGAAAUUGAGACUAGGAACAAAUUCAACCGGAGUCAUCAGCUGGGGAGACAACAGUGCUAACGAGACAGUAGGCAGGUACAUUAUGGCAAACGCGAGCACUCCGUUCUCCCUUGUGAACUGGCACAAUUACACUUUUGAGGGUGAAUUUUGGGUUAUAGUGUACGCAUUUAACUACUUCAGUAACCAGACGAUUUACAGAAUGGUUUAUGUUCAAGUAAAGCUCUGUGGAUUAAAUUUCACGGCGCCAACAACGGUGGCAACGAACACGUCAUCCCAUUUUAAUGUUUCAUUAGAAGUUGUGUCCCUGAAAAAGCCUCUCGUUUUGUUUUCCUUUGGAAAUGGAAUGGUUCUUAGUUCCACAUGCUUUGAAACAAACUAUACUUAUCCCAAAGCUGGCGUAUUUAUGGCUUAUGCGAACGCUAAAAACAAGGUGAGCUCCUUGACAUCGACGCGCAAGGUUAUUGUACAGGAUCCGGUGAGAGGAUUUAAGGCGGAUAGAGAGAUUUAUUUUGUGACUGUGGGUCACUAUGCAAGAUUUUUGUUUUCUAUAGAACAGGGGACGAACGUUUCAGUGAAUGCCUCAUUAUAUGACUGUGAACUUCCUUUCCUGGCAACUUGGUUGAACGGGCCAAGUCACUUAAACAGCUUGCUAACAUGUGUCUUCGACAAAGUUGGAACAUGCAAUGGUUUCUUUUACGCCUCAAAUAAAGUUAGCCAAGCUAAUGCUUCGGCUUUAAUUAUAAGUGAAGUCGCCAUACAUGGAUUUAACGUUACUGUGGAGUGCCAGAGUAGAUACCCUUCUUGUUUUCAACAUGACCGGAUUGUCUUCCACAUCAACGUUACGAAUGGAACUAGGCCAAAAUUUGUAUUCCAUAUGGGAGACGGAAACGUAGUUAUUUCAUCAGAGAAAACCCUUGAUUACUUCUUUAGGGUAAGUGGGUCUUUCAACGUCAACAUCACAGCUCACAAUAACGUCAGUAGUAUAAGUAUCUUACGGAAAAUUGACGUUUCGGAGCUUGUGCCAAUGAGUGGAGCUUACGUAAACUGUAAUAAAACCGUGGGCUUGUCUGACUUGACCAUGUGCAGUUUUGGUGUCCAGCAAGGAACGGCAUUCGAAUGCUGGUUGGAUCUUGGAGUCAAUAACCAGCCCAUUUUAUUUUUCACUUAUUUCAAUCUGACAUCUUUUAUAAGUUACAAUUUAACAUCUUAUGGGGAAUACACUGUUCAAUUCUUAUGCAACAACACCAUCAACUCCAGCAGCGCCAAAGUUGUAACCAAGGUUGUGCCUCGUUCACUUAAGCUCGGCAUAAGUCAAAACGGUCCAGUUAUGGUCAACAGAACCUUGACGCUGACACUUUCAGCGAGUGAAACUGGCUAUCCGUCUUGUUUUACUUUAGAUCUUGGAAACAGUCAGAGGAUUGUGUUUGGAUCGCUAAACUGCACAACUGGGGAAUACGAAAAAUCGUUUCCGUAUCCCUCCUUGCAAUACAACUACACAUACACUAAGGCUGCAACUUAUAACGUAACUUGGAGUGGACAAAAUAAUUUUACCUCUGAGUCAGUUCACUCCCUUGUAAUUAUCACGGAAUUGCCUUGCCUUAAACCGCAGGUCAUUCUCCAAAACGUUGCCAGCAAUCGGCUUUCACCAGCGGUAAUUACACGUUCCAAGGAAUUCAUCGUUAGUUCACGAUAUCGAAUCGAUUGCGAAAGAGCAACAGGCGCGAUUCUUCAAUGGAAAAUAUUCAAAAAUACCACAGAUAAGGGCUUUGUUCUACAGAGUACAAGAGUAACGGAAAGAUCUGACCUCAUAUUACUUUCAAAUGAAUUGGAAUAUGGAUUAUAUUGCAUAAAAUUAACGCUGACCCUACAGAACGCGUUCGAUAUUGCGGGAACUGCUGAGGGGUAUUUCAAGGUCACUGCUUCGAAAUUGAUUGCAGAUCUACGAGACGGCUCUGCCAACAGAAGGAGUUAUUUACAACCAGUGUUUAUAAAUGCAACUGGUUCCCUGGAUCCCGACUCUCCGGAUAGCAGUAAGUUGGAAUUUAAAUGGUACUGUUACAACAUUACUGACAGAUUGAAAACCUUCAAUUAUUCAAAGAUGCCGCUGUCUACUUUGGCGGAUGCUCUCAGUGAGUCUCCUUUGCCAAAUGGCUGCUUUGGUAAUAAUGGAUCAAUGGCAGCCAAUUCCUCAGAAAUAAUUCUUCCCCAGCAGAAGGUAGUGGAGAAUGGACUUUACUUGGUUAAGUUGGUUUUGUCAUCGGGAAAUAGAGAAGCUUCAAAGGCGACAGUUAUCCAGGUUGUAAACGACGAGAUACCACAAUUCUAUAUCAGAUGUGUGGUGAACUGCAAACGACUAGUAAUUACAACGGACAUUCUGUCCGUUAGUAGUCACUGUUUCUCUGGAACUUGCGAAAAAGGGAAAUCGGGUGUGUAUUCAUGGGAACUCUUCCAUAGAAGUGUGAACGAGACAGAUGGGAAAAAGUGGAACAGAGUCGCUGAUCUAGAGGGCAUCGCCUCAUCCAACACAAGUUCGAAGAAUCUUGUGUUGAAAGCUUAUGUUCUACAUCCCGAGAUGUCGUACGUGGUUCGAAUGUGGUACAAAUGGUUGGAUCAUGAAAGCCUCGCAGAAUACAGCUUUACAACAAGUCGUCCACCAUAUGGAGGAAAUUGUUCCGUGAGUCCUUCAGCGGGCGAAGCAUAUCAAACCAUGUUUACAUUUGAAUGUGCAGGGUGGCAAACCAAGAACAUGCCUCUUCUUUACGUGGUUUCCUACUAUGAUCCAUACACACAACUGAAACCUGUGCUUUAUAGGGCUGAGGAAGAUCGAUUUUUGGUCAAACUGGCUUUAGGAGACUCAAAUGACAACUUCCGUCUAAAGAUAUUUUUUAGUGUAAUAGAUUCCUUUGGUGCGCGUAUGGAUACCCAGAGGCUUAUACAGGUACUUCCUCGAAAAGUUGUCCCAUUGAAACUUGAUGAACUAAUUUUGAAAGAUAACAGCAAACUCAAUUUCUACCUCAACAUCGGUGACAUUGAUUCAGUCUCUGAGCUAGUAAGCGGUGUUAUGUCCAGCCUUAAUCAUGAAGCAAUACACAGAGGCAAUGGCACAAGUUCUGCUGAAAUUCAAAGCGAGGUUCGUUACACCAUCAUGCAGAAGAUUUCCCGGAUCCCAAUAUCAACAAUGACAGAUAUCAAUCAAGUUUCAACCAUGAUAGCAGCAGCAUCAGAAAUAAAGGAGCACGUCAACUCAACAGCUCAGGAAAUAGCCACAAACAAGAUUUCUAGCAUGAUAAAUCUUCUGUUGAACAAGUCCCGACAAGACAUUGGUGUGUCUGUGGUUACAGACGGAGCAGAAAAUCUUGUGACUGCGGUAUUCAACGUUUUGAUGUCAGCUUCUUAUAGUGCUGAUUUCAGGCGGAUGAGUGUCACGGAUGAACUCGACCAAAAUAAGAGUAAAACAAUAGCUUACGAAAACAUUGAAGCUUUUGAGAAAGUCGCCGAGGCUGUUUCUAACAAACUGCUACCAGGCCAGGAGGACAUUGAAAUUCAAACAAAGUCGGCCAUAUUGACCUGCAGAAGAGCCAAGGUAGCUGCGCUUACAGAUCAUCCUAUAAAUGCAGGAAAUGCUAGUGUGAAUUUCCCGGAUUUGCAAGGACUAAUUGGCAAUAAAACAGUUGAUGUCCAGCUACUUUACCUUCCAAAGAAUCCAUAUACCUGGGACAAGUCCAGCCAAUUGGUGACCACCGCUAUUUUAGACGUUAAGAUUAAAGAAAUAACAAGGAAGCGUCAAGUUAUAGAUAUACUCGAUUUGGCUGGAGAAAUCGACCUUCAGAUUCCUUUUGAACCGACGGUGCCUGAAGCAAACCCAGAUAUCUUCUACAAGCAAACAGACAAUGAGAGUAUACAGUAUCACUCGUUUGAAAUCAAGAAAACUAAUGAGGCUAUCGAAUUCUAUAUAAUACCUUUAGAGAAUCAAGAACAACUGACUAUAUUAAUUAAAUUUGAAGAAAAGCCGACAAUCUUAGAACAUGAUUUGCAGAUGAAAUUGCCAAACUUCUCUAGCUGCUCCAUUAAAGACACAUUUCGUGUCGAAAAUAACAAUUGCACUGAUAAUCCUUACAGUCUUUUCCUACCGAGUACCUACUUAACAAAAGUUGGUAAGUAUUUCAUUGGCGUGAAGUAUGGAGAGACGACUGAAAAUAAGCCCAGCUCUUAUUACAGGCAAAAGAGAGAUUGUGGAGCUGGAAGAAGGUCCAAACGAGGUGUUUCUGAUUGUAUUCAGUACAAGGAUCCCCCAACCACUCGUCCCUUAAAUGGAAAGUUUGUUUCAGGACAGCAAAGCUAUGAUAAUUCCAAACACAGUAACUACUCAAUGGAGCAAUUCGGUCUGGGGUGCAAUUUCUGGAAUCCUGCUGGCAACCAGUUUUCAGGCGGUGGAUGUAGGACUGGCCGACGGCGGACCUUAUCACGAACCAUGACCUGUCGCUGCAAGCAUUUGACGUCCUUUGGUGGAGGUUUCCUCGUAAAGCCAAAUCCCAUUGACUUUGAUAAAGUUUGGUAUGCUUUCGCCGACAUCCAUAACAACGUUGCUGUAUUGGUUUCAAUAGUCAGUGUAUUCUUGUUAUAUCUGCUCGUCAUUAUAUGGGCACGGAGGGCUGACAGAAAGGAUCACACUUCUCAGGGAGGUACAUUGGUCAUUGGGAAGUCGUCAAAUGCUUAUGUGUACGAAGUUACUAUAUCUACAAACAAAGGAAGGAAUUCAGGCACUACAGCCAAUAUUACCUUUCUCGUUGUGGGAGAAAACGGGUCCAGUGGUACGCUUCCACUGAGCAAGCUCACCAAAGUGAAAUUUAAAAGAGGGACAGUCGUUACAGUUGUGCUGUCUCUACCAAGUUCACUUGGUCAACUGCUAUAUCUACAUAUAUGGCAUGACAAUUCAGGAGAUAAUCCAUCGUGGUAUCUUGAUCACGUGGCUAUACGAGACGUUUUAAAGGACGAAAAAUGGAACUUUAUGUGCAGAGAUUGGUUGGCUGUUGAAAGUGGCGACGGGAGAACGGAAAAAGUAUUAUAUGUCGCAAACAUCAAUGAAAUGGCAAAUUACAGGUACUUAUUUUUGUCUCACAGUGCUGAUGGCCUCUACGACGAGCAUUUAUGGAUUUCAGUUGCCGCCAAGCCACCUCAAAGCAGUUUUUCUCGUGUGCAGCGUGCCUCUUGUUGUCUGUCGAUUUUGUUUUGCACCAUGAUCACUAACGCUAUGUUUUACGACAGCGGCAAAGCUGACACUUCUUCGGUAUUUUAUCUUGGUCCUAUCAAGAUCACCAUGCGUCAACUGAUGAUUGGAAUACAGAGCAGCCUAAUCAUUUUUCCCAUAAACUUGGCCAUUACACAACUGUUUCGCAAAUCAUCUAAUGCGUCUAUGUCUUUGGGAGAGGCUGAAAGAGCGAAAAGUGUUAUAUUCAAACGAAAACCUAAACUACUCUUUGAUUGCUUUGAUCGCCGCGUAAAACCGUUGUCAAAAAAGUACCUUCCCAUGACAUAUGAAGCAAAUAGUACAAUCAGCAUAUCCACUCUUAAGUCCGCAUCUGCAGAUAGAUUUACAGAUGAUGAGAGUAUGUUCAACUUAAAUAAUGCUUACACUAAAAUUUCCCAAGAGAAGAAAAGAAAAAGUUUGUACAUGUGUUUGUACUACUUUGCCUGGGUACUGUGUUUCGUAUCAGUGUUAACAUCGGCUUUCUUCACCUUGUCGUACUCUCUUCAAUGGGGAAGCGAAAGGUCUCAGCAAUGGCUUCUGUCGUUUUUCGUCUCUUUCAUCCAAGAUGCUGCAAUCUCUCAGCCAGUUAAAGUCGCCCUAUUUUCGGCUGUAAUUGCCUUUGUCAUCAAAUUUACCCUUGAGCAAAAAGAGAAGCGCCAACAGUUUAAGAGGAAAAAGGUAACAUUAAAUGAUAAAGGUGAAAAAGCUUGCCUAAUUGAAACUCAAUCUGAGGACAGUAUACCAUGGGAUGAUUCCCAGCCAUUGCGGAAGAAUAUUUUGGAAAAGGCGAAAAUGAAAAGGAUGAAAGAAAUCAAGUCCUCAGAAGUCAUGACUGAUGUGUUUUUUUACUCUCUGUUUCUCCUACUGCUGCUUAUGGUGGCAUACGGACACCGUGACCCAAUUGCUUAUGAGUACACUAAGCACUUGGAGAAUUAUUUCUCUAUAGAGACUCAACAAUAUCCCGAAGUUUUACACUGGGUUAGAUAUAUCUUCAUUCCACAAAUUUUUGUCGGCUCAUGGUACAAUGGGAUGGCCCCUACGGAUUCAGAAGAUGGAUAUUUGCCUGAUAGGACUUCAUCUCUCGUGGGAAUGGCUCGGUUGAGGCAACUUCGAAUUUUGAAUGAUACAUGUGGCAACUACAUUCAAUUGAAUGAAAAACUUGGCUUAAACUGUUAUGGACAGUAUUCGAUGGAUGAUGAAGAUACAAGCAUCUAUCAAGAAGAAUGGGUACCGGUCUCUCCGGAUAUACCUAUUGAAAACAUUACUUAUCACAUGUGCCCCAGACCCUGGAGGUAUCAAACAGCAAUGCAGUUGAAAGGGGUUCCAAUAUGGGGUAAAAUCGCCUUAUACUCAGGGGGUGGAUAUGUGGCAGAGCUUGGUUACUACCCUGAUAAGGCGAUAGAGGUGGUUAGCGAACUUUUCGAGCAUAACUGGGUUGAUCGUCGCUCUCGCGCCGUUUUCGUUGAGCUAACUGUGUACAACGCUCAAGUGAAUCUGUUUUGCGUCAUCUCGCUUCUGAUGGAGGUCAUGCCAACUGGAGGAGUGGCAAUCUUCCGUCGAAUUAAUACCAUUCGAGUUUAUAGAUACAUAGGAGAGCUCGCUAACUUGUCAAUAGCCGCAGAGCUUAUCAUUGUAUUGGUUAUCUUGUACCUUCUUUACAAGGUCAUCAAAAGAAUAUACCAUAAGAGGAUAGCAUUUUUCAAAAAGUUUUGGAAUUUAGUGGAUCUGCUGCAAGUACUUUUUGCUCUUGUUUCUAUUGGGUUGUAUUUUGUCAAGAUGGUGAAUAUCAACAUGAUCAUGAAAGAUCUCAGAGAAAAUCCUUAUGUUUUUGUCAGUUUUUCAUUGCUUCUAACGUGGAACGAAAUUGAUACGUGCAUGAUAUCGUUUGUUGUGUUCCUUACAACUCUUAAGCUCCUUUAUUUGUUGAGAUACAAUAACUACAUCAAACUCCUAAACCAAACAUUUUCCAAUAUGCGAACGGAUAUACUUUCAUUCAUGGUGCAAUUUCUCUUGUGGUUUAUGCCGUUUGUCAUUUUAGCUCACAUUACGUUUGGUGCCCAUUUACAAGACUUCAUCUCCCUUCCUUCUGCAUUUCAAGCGAUGUUAAAUGCUCUCCUGGGCGCGUCCUACUAUCAUGAUUUAGAGCAGGUUGACCGAGUGAUCGGACCAGCUCUGUUUUUCUGCUUCAGUAUUCUCAUGGAACUCAUCUUACUCAAUAUGUUUGUAUCUAUAAUCAACUCGGCGUUCGGCAGUAGAGUGGAAAAUUUGGAUCAUUCCCAACCCGAACCAGAACUAGUUGAGUUUAUAAUGGCACGGCUGAGAGGAAUUUUAGGGGUCAACCUGCUCUCUACGAGAGUUACUCCCGACGAAAAAUGGUACGUGGAUGAUUCCAGUGACGAAGACAAUGACCUCAGAUUAUUGAGUACCAAAAACACUUUAUCUGUGCUGAACAGAAAAUUAACACAUUUACAGACUAAAUUUACGAACGUAACGACCAUGGAGGAAGAAGAGGAGGAUGAUGUUUGGCUGGAAAUGGUUCUUUUGCGGGAACACGAAAGUCUGGCUUCUUCACGGAGUGAGGGUUCGGCCACGACACAGACAUCUUUUUGAACCUAUGCCACGACUCCUAAAAUAACUUGAUAUUAUCGCUCUAUUUAUUAUGCAAAAGCUUUCAAACGUUUCCAAUUGAGUAGCGAUCAUAGUC